UCGUUUUUCCAAUAUUAUAAUUUCUUGCUACUAAUCAACUAAAUAUAGAAGUAAGAUCGAUAUUCUGUCGACAUAGCCGUAAUGAUGUAUAACCGAUAACGAUGUAUAGGGCACGGUGUAAAACCCGUUAACUGUUUGUGUACAAAUUGCCGAGCAACGGUAAUAGCUUGUGUAAAGAUAUUUCCAUUCAUUUAUCUUUUGAAUAUACAAUAUUAGUGAUACACACACACCAGUUACCUAUAGGAUACCUGUACACAAAAUGGCGACACGGACAUUGAGGACCCGGCCUUGGUCACCUGGAGUAUAUCGGGGGAAUACACCUGUGAUAGCCCACCCAAUGUCACAGAUGGGAUCUUGUGGGGAUCUAUCCGUGAGAGGGGUGUCCACACCGGUGUUAAGACGAGAAAAGACCAUAUCUUUUGUCGAUAAUGGACGAGUGGAUAGCGUGUCCAAGGACAACAAAUUCUGUUUCAAUGGUGGAUAUUCUCCUCGUCUACUCCACUGGCCAUUAGAUUAUCAACAACAGCAAUAUGUAGGUCGACCAGCUGUGAGACAAAAAGAAAGUCCUAAUUUUAAAGGAAAGUCCGAAGAUGAACUGUUGGAUAAAGUUCGAGAUAAACUUACAACAGGGUUUUAUGGUUUACGUCACAUGUUUAAAGCCAAUGAUCCUAUGGGAAAGGGAAAUGUUACAAAGGAAGCCUUACUGCGAAUUUUGUAUCAUUUGUGUGGAUAUAUUACUAAAGAACAAUUUGAUAGGUUUCUACGGAGAUUGGACUUAGAUGACAACAAUCUCAUCUCUUUUGUGGAUUUUGUGAAAUGUUUCCAAGACAAUGAGACUGUAAGAAGACAAUGGGUGAUUCCAACCAAGAAAAUGGAAACACAAGAAUUCCGGCGCGCCAUGUACCCUGAAGAGAAUCUGCGUGAUUUAGAGAAUAUGCAAUGUGAUCCACAUCAUUCAGCUCCUUAUGCCGCUGCAUUUUUAAGGGAUAAACUGAACACGGGGGAAUCUAAUAUCCGUGACCUUCUACCCACCGCAUGUUUUGAACCUAAUGGAAUGGUUCUUGCACCACAACUAAGAGAAGCUAUGGCACAACUCGGGAUUUAUUUCACCAAUUCAGAAUAUGAUAAAUUUUGGUCGAGAUUUGACAGAGAUAAUUGUGGAGCUGUCUACACAAAACAAUUAUACAAACAAAUAGGUUUAACAUCACUGGGACAACCUAAAAUCACCUCUACUGCCAUCACAACAUCCAACAGCCAUAAAAACUCCUCACAUCAAAGUCACAAAUCAGAAAUCGUCACAUGUUGGAGCUCGGAGGAAAAAGAUGGUGUCCGCCAUGACACUUUACGAACCAGUUACAACUAUGACGUCGAGGAUGAAAACGUCGAUGAAAAACAAGAAACGAAAGUGAAGCAUCAGCGAACCAAUGACUCGAAAGAUAGGAAAGCCAGUCGACGGACUAAUGUUGUUAGUAAACCACCGGUGCCACCAACAUCUGAAAAAUCUAGUGUUACGGUUUCACGUAAACAGAAAACUACCCAGCAAACGGCUACCAAAUUUGAAAAUGUUCUUGAUAGUCUACACUCAAAGACUAACAGAUUAUCAUCUGACAAGUAUGAAGGUCCAUAUACUUUUAUGCUCGAAGCAUUUCAACUGUUUGACUAUUUAGAUGAUGGAUAUAUUUCUAAAGUAGAUUUUCGAAGAGUCAUGAAAGAGUUUGGUAUAACUAUUGCUGCUUUAGAAUUAGAAGAGUUUUUAAGAAGUUGUGGGAUUCGCACUAUUCAAGGUCAGAUCAAUUAUAAAGACUUCUUAGUAAAAUAUCAGAAUCGUGAGAAAACAGGAAUAUUGAAUGGUACCAGUGGAAACAAUAACAAGAUAAUUCGACAAGAAACAAAAUCGGAGGUAAAAAAUACAACAAAAUCAGAACAUCUGGAAUCAGCAGUGGUAGAACAUUUACAUGGUGAUUUCAUCAAAUUAGUAUCUGAUUUCAAAGAAGCCGAUGUUAAUAAUGAAGGUAAAGUUAGUGAAGAGACAUUUAGAAAUGUUAUAGAGAAUCAGUUGGGUGGUACUUUAACUGAUAAACAGUGGAAGGUCUUACAGAAAGAUGUCGGUGCUCAAGAGAAUGGUGCUAUCUCUUAUCCUGGUUUCCUUGCCAAAUUUGACAUACAACCAGGAACAUGGAAUCAACAAUUACAUGGUGAAACUAUUCUACCCAAACAUACAAUACAUAAGAUUGAUGACCCUACAAUGGAAAAACUACGUCAUAUGGCAUCGUAUAUGAUGUCUGUAAAAGACAAGGAGGAAACUGAUGAAAGAACCAGACUUGUUCUUGAGACAAACAGACAGAUAGAAGAUAUUUUUAGAAGUAGAUUUCACACAUUUGAUAAACACUUCAAAGACAUGGAUAGGAAAAUGACAGGGCGAAUGACAAAAUGGCAAUUUGGUGCGUUACUAAGAUUAACUGGCUUAACGUUAAAUCAGAAAGAAUUGGACAGAUUAUGGUCCACGUUAAGUCUGGCUAGAGAUGGAAUGUUAGCAUACAGUGCCUUAAUAAAACAGUUUAGUCCAGCCAAUAGAGUUCGAUCCGUUUGGGGUAAAGCUCCAUCAUUCGAUGAGAACACUCAAUCGAUGGUAGAACGAGCCAGACAGAUACAAAGAGAAAGAAAAGAGGGCUUCAGACUGCGACCACAUUCAGCGCCAAAUACCGGACGACCACGUAGUGCCAAAGCCUCUGCUCCUCUGAAUUUGAAAACCGACACCUCCAAAUUAUUGAGACGGAAAGAGAUAAUGAAAAAGUUACAGCCCUUUGUUGCCAAGAAUUGGGAUCGUCUUCAUCAGUCUUUUAUAAAUCUAGACAGACAGGGUUUCUCUAACAUAGGCUAUAUGGAAAUGAGGGGCCUCAUGACACAACUCCAGUUUGGUUUAAAUAAUACAGAUAUGGGUGAAAUAAUCGACCAAUUUGACCUCGAAGGAAAUGGAAGGUUUCACUACAUUGCCUUUUUAGAAGCUUUUGGCCCACAGGGUGGUAAUUUCGAUAUGUUUGAGGAAGUAAAUGAAAUGUCUCCUAAUUUCGUAGGAAAGCAAUCCUGUGAUGUUACUGAAACAAAGGGUAGUUUUGCUAUUCCAACUGCUGUUUAUACUAUGAGAACAAAGCUUUUAAGAGAAUGGCAGAAUUUGAGACGAGCCUUUAGAAAAAUGGAUUCUAACAAUGAUGGUUAUUUAGAAGUGGGCGAUUUUAAGAAAUGUUUAAAACUCUGUAAUAUUGACGGAUCAGACGAAGAUUUGUAUCAUUUGUUUUCGCAGUUCGACAGAGAAUUAACCGGUAAAAUCGCCUACAGAGAAUUUCUUAAAACUCUGUUAAGUGUUAAGUAAGAAAAAUGACAUAUUAUAUCUUCAUAUUAUAUUUUCAUCUACACAAUCAAUUUGUAUUAAUAUUAUGUGCGCCACUGGUUUAUUCUCAUUAUGUGUGCAAAUUAAAAAAUCCACUUAACUUAGUGAUGACGAUUUAUUUCCUAUAAACUAGUUUUUCGGAAUGCUCGAAGGUAUGUUUUAUAAUCAUUAUCAUCAUAUCGAAGUUUUUAAUUACUAACGUAUUUUGUAUAUUUAACGAUUCAAUAUGUAUACAAAGACAUUCAAUGAGAAAUAAAUAUACAGAACUUUUAUAUUUUUAUCUGAUAUACAGACUAUAAGAUUUAUAAGCAUGUUGGUGAAUCGCUUCAUUGACUUUUUAAUUUGCACAUAAGUAAGACUACACCGCGCCAUUAUUCCUCGAGUGCUAAUAGAUUUUAAUUUUCCUAUUGUCAUAAGUUUUUUUUUUUUUUAUUAAUUUGAUAAUGUAUAAAUGAUAUUUCUAACAGACCGUGUACAUUUAAGAAUGUGGGCAGUAAUUGUAUUCCAUAAAAUUGUGACCUGUAUAAUGUGUUUGUCGUUGUUAGUUUAUGUUUAAUUUUGUUUAAAUGUUAUUCAUGUACUAUUAUCAAAUACUUAAACAGAAUAUUUUAUGGUAUAGUUAUUUCAUUUCGAAGGGGUAUAAUGUUAAUGCAGUAAAUGCCUUUACUCAUGCAAUCCUGUGAUAUUUCCAUGUAAAUAAUUAGAUAAUAUUAUACUAUUGUUCACUAAGGAAUUUGAAACUUUUUCUAAGUUGUAUAUUUCAAAUUUUAUUCUAUUUGUAAAAUAAUAUUUAUCAUCAAGGUGCAGCUAGUUCUACAGUUGUUAUAAAUAUAUAUUGAUCUAAUUUUGUUUAAAUCUAUGUAGACUUAUUUGAAAUUCUGUUAUGAAUUCACUGUUAUGAAUUACACUAAAUUCUAUUAUAAACAA